AUGCCUCCCACCAAAGCCAGCCGGGAAUCCUCAGGCGAAGCAACUGGCCACUCAUCCCUGCCGUUGGCCAGGAUAAAACGGAUCAUUCGGGCGGAUGAAGAUAUAGUACAAUGCUCUACGAGCGCGACCUUCCUUAUCGCCGUUGCCACGGAGAUGUUCGUUCAGUAUCUCACAGAGCAAGGAUAUAACGUGGUCAGGUCCAACAACCUGAAGAAUCUACGAUAUGCCGAUAUAGUGUCUCUAGCUACUGCUGUUUCACGUAUCGACAACCUCGAGUUCCUCUCCGAUGUGAUCCCCAAGACUACGACGUACGGUAAAUUCAAGGAGAAACGAGCGAGGGAGAAGGCAAAGGAAGACGGCCAAGUUGUGAACCAACGGACGCUAAAAGAGAUGCAAGCACGCCAGAACGGGACGCCGGAGCGUUCUCGGGAAGAAUCGAUGGUCGAUGUGGGCGAGCGGAACGUGAACGAGCUGUCUCCCCGUCCGCCGAUGGUUAUACAUGCCUCUCGAUCCCGCAGCAGGCUCGUGGACGAAGAUGCCGCCCAGCAGCGGCCGGACAGGGACAACGACGUCGAAAUGACCCUGUAA